UGCUAACUUUCUUUCACACAAACAAGGUUCCAUCAUAGCAAAGACGACAAACUUUAAACAAACAUCAACAGCACCGACAUUAAAAGUUGUGUACGACUAAAAAGAAUCAGUAAAAAAAACAGAAAUAAGUAGAUUUGAUAUAAGCAUUGUCAUCUCGACAGAUUGUAAAUUUAGUUAAACACUCGCAGAAAGUUUGGUGGGGGAAAGGAAAACUACAGUUUGUGGCAGUUGGCAAAGUAGCGAAGGCGCUGGGGAGAUGAGCGCUUUGUUCACUGGAAGCUGUCUUGUAGAGGGGUGUAGUAGCAGAGUUCCGUUAUGUUAGUGCCAACAACAUGGCUAAACGUUCCUACCAACUGCCACAACUGUUGCAGUGGGCGCUGUUAGAAAGUUGAUGAAUAUGGAUGGUAACGCGUCAGAUCAUAGCCUACCAUCCAGUGACCAUACUGGGGGCACUUGGAUCCAGUCCUGGGAAAAGGAUAUUCAUUCAGUUUCAAGAUUGAACUUGGAAUCCAACAAUGAAUUAAAUGGCUUGGUGGAAGACAAGGAGAUAGCAGCCCGAGCUGUAGCAUUGGUUGUUAACAGCUCUCGGAAAGGGAUUGUACCACUUUGUGCUGAUGUAGCAAAUCUUUUGAGAGCUAAAAAAAGCCUUGAAAAAGAUAUCCUACUUUUGAAGCAACAGAACAAUGUCUUACAUUCAUCUUCUGCCAGUAUGCACACAAGCCAUUCCACAAGCCCCACCCCAACAUCAUUGAACUCCUAUCAGGAUGGUUCCACUCUCAACGACCCUAAUGCCCAGGAAAGAUCUCGUCCCUGCUCCCGAUGUAGCCAGUCAUCAAGUGUCUUAAGUAACUCCCCAAAGACAGACAAACUGAGGGGUCAUAAACUAUCAGGAUAUUCCUACUCUCCUAAUCACAAUAACAACAACCACAAUAACAACAACAACAACAACAAUAACAACAGCAGUAGUGAUGUUCACAGCAUUACUCCUGUGAUCAAUAAACUCGCUGAUAGCCCCACAUCUCCCAGUCGGUUUCGUGCCUCCAAGUAUGCUACAACACAGCCCAAUUCAUCGACAGAACCAUCCCCUAAAACCUUACACAAUGGCAUUAUCACUCAAGCAAUUAUUCACCAUCCUCCUGAUUCACGGCCAAACUCUACUGACCUCCCACCAGAAUCUCCCACCAGCCUCUGUGAUGUUCCGGCUGACGUAUGUUCUCUUACUGAGUCCUCUUCUUCGGAUCGACCAAGUGAAGAAUUGACCGAUGACGGUCAUAAACGAAAGGAUUCUUUACCAGAAAUUGUAUCAAAGCCAAUACCACAUUUGCCAAAAUCUAAUGCAACGGUUUCCAAAGAAGUGCAAUGUCUUCUGUCACCUUCCAUUGAAGACGAAGACAAUUAUAGUCAAUCAAGUCGAAAGUUAGCUGAAAAUCUUGCUGAUGCUUUACAAGAAAUUGAAGUAUUAAAAAGAAAAAUAAAAGAAUUAGAAACGAAUCAACUCUCAUCUCAACCAGCAGAGCAGCCUUCAUUUAUCACCUCACCACUGCCAGCUGCUGUCCAAAUUGUACAACCCAUUCCCAGUGUGUCAGUUCCCAUCAAAGAUUCUCAGGAGGAGCCUGAUGUGAUGAUUGUCAAAGGAAGAGUAAAAGAACAAGUGAAGAUUUUCGGACGUCAGUGCUCUCCUUUGCAAUCUCAGCAAGAUUUGACUUCCACCCCAAGUUUGGUAAAUGGAUCUCGAAAAGUUUGCCCUGCUGUUCCUAAGAAACCAGUGCGGAAUCCAUUUGCUUGUCCUUUGCCAUUAUGUAAAUGUGAGUCCUGUAUGCAGGCAGUUGCAACUGCUGGUUCUGAUGGAAGAUUGCCUACAACAGAUCAACUGAUUCGGUCCUACCCUGUGAGUCCAACGCUACAUGUCCGAUUAAAUGACCAUAUUAUGGUACGUGGAAACCGGACAGGACAUAUCCGUUACAUUGGUCAUCUUGAUAAGAUGGAUUCAGCAAAUACAGUGUUUAUUGGUUUGGAACUUGAUGCCCCAGUUGGGGUCAACGACGGCUUUUUCAGUGGAAAAAGAUACUUUGAAUGUCUAAAAGAUUAUGGUAUGUUUGUCACCUUCAAUGAGGUUGUUUGCUUGGUUAAAAAGGUUUCCAGUAUUAAACAAGCUUUAGGUAUGUCUGUUCCAAGCAAAGAAACUUCUGAGCCCCUGUGCAAUUCAGGUGCUGAUAUUUUGGACCAAUUCUCGUGUAGAAAAACUAGAGUAAAAAAUGACAGCAAUGAGGUAGAGAUUGAAGAGCAAGUAGCACUUUUAAGUGAAAGCAUUCGCCUCUGACACCAAUUAAAGUACCUGACUCUCGGUACCAUUUGUACAUAUGGAUUGUCUUGGAGCAAUUGUCUCCCCCCCUCAAUGAAGUGGCAGGCAGCAAACUGAGAGGAAGUCACAGUCAAAACAGUUGAAACAGAUUUUGUCAACUUUCAGAUGUAUUAUAUUUUGUCCUUGAAAUUUUUUUUUUUUUUUUUUUUAAUUCUUGAAAAUUGUUUUGUCACAAAUUUUGACUGUUACAAUAAUAAGCCUCCAGUUGUAGUUGCUUUUCUUUAAUGCCAUAAUGAGAUCAGCAUAUUAUACUGAAAUAAGCUAUAUCUGAAGAAUUCCUUCUGGUUCAAACACAUCUAAUGUUUCCCCAGGUUUCGUUCUGCUGUUUUGUCAUGGAAUGCUUUUGGAAUCGACAGCAUUUUAAGUAUCACAGUUGAGAUGUAUUAAUCUGCGGAUAUGUUGUUACAGGCAGGCUUGCAGUAUAAUCUGAGAUGUCUUUCAAGAACUGCACCACAUAUGCUGGUUGUUUGGGAGUUAUAUUUCUAUGAAACUUACUGGGAAUUUUUAAUGUCUCUAUGGUUUUGUGGUUAGCGUGUAACAGCCAUUCAGCAUUAAUGUUUGUAAUGUUUCUAAUCAAUUUCAUAACCUGAUGUAUUUAAAUAUGCUAAAUAUGUUUUAUGGAACAAUGUGUGAACAGAACGUUGAAUCUUUGGCCUCUUCCAUAAUCAAGCUAUAAAACAAACUUCUAAAUUCCAUCUUGCAUACACACACACAUGUGCAUAUGUAUGUGUGUGUAUAUAUAUAUGCAUAUAUGUGUAUGUACGUGUGUGUGUGUGCGUAUAUAUAUAUAUAUAUAGUUGAGAUUUAAAACUUCACAGCUCCAUUAUUCAAGUUUUAUGAGAGGCUAAGAAUGAUCUUCAGCUAAUCAAUCAAGUAACGAAGAUGUGAAAUUUUAUAUCUUAAUAUGCAUGCACACACACACAUACAGAUAAUUUUGUACAUACUUGAGACUACAAGUAUUGACCACUCUCUACUUUGUGUAAUACCAUUUUAACUAAAUUAUAUAAGUUUUGCUUGAAAGUAAUUUGGGAAUUCAGGCAAUAAUAUAUUCUUAUAUAUAAUGAACAAUGUUUUAGAGUUUUUUUUUUUCCUUCCUCCUUGUAUAUUGAGAACCAGGUACUUCUUUUCUAUUUGAGAAUUCUUUAAUCAUCCUCUCAUAUUUAGGCUUUUCUUUUAAAAUCUGUUUCAGAAUUUCUAUUUGGUAUCACUUAGUGUUAGUAGGCUACGAUUAUUUUACUUCUUUCUGUGAUGUAGACUCAGUUACACAAAUUUUACAACUUCUUCAAAGGUAAUUCAGUGAUUGCUCUUAAUUAUACAUGUUUAUUUUAACUUCCUUCUUGAUAUUGACAGGAUCAGUAUUAACAAAAUAUUACAAACAAAAAAAAAGCAUUCAAGUUGAGAGGAAUGUAGUGUUGGUGUACCAGUCAACAUUCAAUAUAUCUUUGAAGAUAAAAAGUGUUAGAAUGAACUGGUUCAGUGAACAGACUGAGCGGUCACUAAUACAUAUACUAGUGGCAGUCUUUGAAAAUGUUAUGAAACAGCUGCUAUUAUUAGCUGCAUCGAAUCAACAGCUUAUAAUUCAAUAAUUCACUACCUUACUGAAUGCCUAGCAGCCAAUCAGCUUUGCUGUCUCAUUAAACAUUGGGUCAAAAAUAUGUCCUAUUUUGAUUUUUAAUUAUUGAUUAUCAAUUUUAAGAUAUUGCAUUUUAAAGAUUAUCGUGGUUUCACGAUUGAAAAUCAAAAUCCAUCACUUGAAAUGAUGAAUAAUUAAGUUUAAUUUUGUUUUAACAGCUUGAUAAUCAGUGGUAAGAGAGGUACAAAGGAAAGUGAUUGAAUACAGACUUGUGUUUGUAUCAUAAACGCUUCACAUUUGGGUCAUCUAUUAAUGAUGUUCUGGUGACAUUGUAUGUUCUUGGGCAAGUUAUUUAACUCUUGUUUCAGUCUAUUUAGCUGAAAAACGAGUCUCUAGCCUGCCUGGGUAAAAGUUAACCUGUAAUAGACUAAAUAUUAAGCAAGGGGAAGCUUUAUCUUUCAUCUACUUAAGGAUAUCCAGAAUAAGGGAUAAUCACCCAUCCUUUGAACUGUUGCUUCAGUUGAAGAAAGGAUGAACAUUUAACCUCUUUGACAAAUAAUUUUACUGGCUUCAUGAAAGGUAUUUUCUUUUCAAAUAUUCAACUAAUAUUUCUAUUUAAAUUCUCAUUUAAUCUUUCCAAAUGAAAGGAAAGGUGAUUCAAUGCUCAGAAUAUUUCUGAUUAAUUUGUUGGUUGCUGUCUUCUUUUUGUCUUCUCCAACCCAAAUCCACCAAAUUUGUUAUUGUUAUAAUAAUAACUAAUAAUUCUAUUAUUACCAUAUGUUAUAAACCAUUCUUUCUGAAAAGUGCUUUCUGUGUCCUUUUCUUAACUCAGCACAAAAUAACUAUUGCUAGAAAUACAUCAGAAAAGAAUAUUCAGAAUUAUUUCAGCUCCUAGAGUUUGCUAGAAUUACAUUCCUUCAAGUCUAUUUAUUUUUAUCGUUUUCGCCAGUGUUGCUGCUGUACAGAUAUUAACUUUAGUGAUUCUAAAUUACCCUCUUAUAAAUAAUAUUGAAAUUACAUUUACACUGGUCCCCCACUCAGUUUAAUAAUCUAUUAACUUCUGGCCUUUCUUUGUGUGGUGUUGGUGUCCUACUGUUCUUCAUUUUACAUUAAAAAAAUCUGUCUGGCCAAAGGUAAGUUUUUGUUUCUUUCUCUCAAAACAAUGGAUGAUAAUUAGGACCAGAUUCUUAAUUCUUUAAUUAUCCCCAGAACCAAUUCUCUCCCCCAUCUAUUUUUUUUUUUUUUUUCACACUUUAAAAAUUGUUUUUGAUUCCGACAAAGCACAAAAUGUGUUGCUAAAAUGAAAUACUUCUUAAUAAAAAUUCAAUAUGUAUUUUUUUUUUCAAUGAAAACAGAGCAAGUAUAUUUCAGUGUCAGAUGUUAUUGUAUAAAAAAAAACAAAUGUCCUCUUAUCAAUCUGCGACGAUAGUUACUUUCAGUGGCUGUUAAACAGAAACAGCCAAGAAGUGACUUGAAACUUAAACCUUUUUUCCAAAAACGUCUCCAGCUAACUGGUCCGGUGACAACCCAGUCAAAGUGGAAUAUAGUUUGAUUCACCUCAUCAAUUCAAACUAAUCUCUGUAAUUCAUCAAUCAUCGAUUUCUUUUUUGAGCCUUUUUUAUUUUUUAUUUACUUCCACAAAACUUUAUUCAUCUCUAUUCAUUUUCAAGAUGUCUGUUUUGAUUGGGUUAUUAUUUUCCAUCCACUUGUUAAUAUUGUUUGUCCAUUGUGUGACCUGGUCAGACAGAAUGGCUUUAACACUCUGUAGAGACUUUGCUGAGAGUAGCAGUCCCAUCUUAUUAAACUGUCAAAUGUUGCUCUCUUACUAACAAUAACUGUCAUUCUUUCAAUGGUCUGAGAUAUGUAUGUCUACAACUGUGUGUGGUCUGUAUGUAUGUGUAUGUUUGUGUGUGUGUGCAUAUAUAUAUAUAUAUAUAUAUAUAUAUAUAUAUAUAUAUAUAUACUCAUUCUCCCCUCCUCAGGUUUGUAUAAUAAAGUUUUCCAGCAAAGCAA